CGGGUGACAUUGCCAGGGAGAGCCAGGGACACCGCGUGUGGCAAAAGGGAAAAGGGAGCACACCAUCCCCUCCACCCACCCACCCCCGCGCCCUUCCCCUUCACCUUCUAUGCCUGGUGAGGUGAGCCGAGGUGGGCGGGCGAGUCGGACGACGACGGCGUCAUCAUGGACGGCGGGCGGACCUGGUACAGGCAUGCGAAGCGGAGAAACAAGUGGACGGAGGCCUUCUGCUGGACAGACUGCUUCUGCUACGCCUGCUGGCACUGCCGCCCCCAGGUCGGUUGCCGCGGUCCGCCCGGGCUCGUCGGCUGACCUCCGCCGCGAGUUGCGCGCGACAGACGACGGUGCCGGCCGUGGGAGCUGGCACGGCGGAGUCGACGGCGGUGGACGACGCAUCGUCUUAGAUGACGGGCAUGGUGGUCAUGGUGAUGGCGUUGGGCGUGGUGAUCAUCAGAGUCGAGGCUCCACUCGCGGCCACCGUGCUGGUGAUCGCCGCGGCGAGGCGCCUGGCUUUGGCGGCUAUGGCGCGGCCCGGGGAGCCGGCGCAGGAAACGGAUACUCUCUGGAGGAUUUUACCGUCUCGUCGUCGGGCUCGGGCUCGGGCUCGGGCUCGGGCUCGGCGUCUGACUCGGAGGUGGCACGGGCGCUCGAGGCGGUGGACGGCGGGCUAGGCUCGCGGCCUGGACAUCACUCGCAGCAGCGACAUGCGCACUCUCCGCAACGGUCUGAAAACAGUUCGCCGGUCCGCUCCUCAUCGGGCUACUCACUCACUUCGCCCAAGUCAGGCCGCUUUCCAGACAUUCCUCUUGCCGCUGCACGCUCUGGCACCGCGCUGGCGGUGACACCGGUGCGGACGCCUGUCCAGUCGCCGCGGCCGAGCAACUCGUACUCGACCGAGGACGUGCGAAUGGGGCCGGCGGCAGCGGCAGCAGUGACUGACGAACUCGAAUCGGACAAGGCGAGGGAAAGGGCGAAGCGCCGUGACCAGAAAGAAAAGCGCAAGCGGAAGGAGAAGGCCAAGAAGCGGAAGGACAAGUGCAAGGUUAAGGGCAAGGACAAGGGCAAGAGCAAGGAGAAGGAGAAGGAGAAGGAGAAGGGCAAGCAUCGCCGCCGUCGCCGCACUUCGUCAAACUCGGUGUCCAAGUCACCCGCAACCGGCGCUGACAUCAGGCUCACCCUUAUCUCGCCUUCUGGCUCGCUUGGCGGCGGAGUCAAGGCGCUGCCCUCGCCUAUCGAUGACGACUCAUCCGAAGCUAUGCAGAUUCCUGCGACAACAAGCAAGGAUUCGUCGUUUGAUGCCAUGCCGUCGAGCUUGCCGCCAACAACGCCAAUCUCACCGUCAGUGUCGGCCCUUGCCUCGACGGGCUCGCUCGAUCAGGAAUUGCACUCGACCCGCGAGGCCGAGCUGGCCGCAGAGCUUGAUCGGGUCCGCGCCGAGCUGGCCUCCUCGCAGAAGCUCUUCUCCAAGCAGGCUGCAGUCAUCACUGCCAAGCUGCAGGCAGCCAUUCAAGCAGCCCGCGACGAGGCCGAAGAUGCCAAACUCCGCUACGAUGCGGUCGCCUCGGCGCUGCAGGCCAUCGAGUCGGGCGCGACGGCAUCGGUUCUCGACGAGCUCGUCGCGCUCCGCCAGCGCAAUGCCAAGCUCGAGGCCCGCUGCACAGCUGCUGAAGCUGCUGCCGCGGCACCCCAGUCGAACCAAGCUCCAACCCAGCUCUCUCAAUCGAGCAUGCCGAGCAAGUCGAGCACGCCGACCAAGGCCGAGGUCAAGGCCUCGCCGGUCUACGCCACACUUCUCACCAAGUACACUGCGCUCAAGCAGCAGUUCUUGGCGCUUGCGGCUCAGCGCGAUGCUGCGCUUCAGAAGCUGGCGGCAAGCUAGCACUGUGGAAGCAGGAAGCAGGAUACAAGGGGUUUAGUCAAAGAGAAGAGAAGUGUUGUGUAUGCGUCGGCCUGCGUGCCGGUCUAGGCAUGGCGCUUGAGGAAAGCCCACAUGCUCUUGGCGUUGUCUGAGACCGAUUGGCCGAUCGACGAGAUCUCGACCGGCUUGGCACGCGACUUGGAGGCAGCAGGCUUGGCGGCGGUCGGCUCUGCGGGCUUGGCGGCCGAGGUGAGGACGCCUUGGGCGAUGGCCGACUUGCUCGGGGCCGACGCCGGCGCCGGGGCAACGCGCUGCUUGAACGUUGGGUCGAGGCCGGUGACCAUGACCGAGACGCGGAUGGUGCCCUCCGGGAGUGCCGGGUCGUACGACGAGCCGAAGAUGAUGUUGGCGUCGUCGUCGACCGAGGCGCGGAUGGUCUCUGUGGUUGUGGAGACGUCGAAGAGCGUCAGGUCAUCGCCGCCCGAGAUGCAAACGAGGACACCCUGGGCAUGGGCGAGGUUGACGUUCUCGAGCAGAGGGUUGGCCAGCGCCUGCGCAGUCGCCACCGACGCGCGGUCGUCGCCCUCGGCCUCGCCCGAGCCCAUGAGGGCCCGUCCCUUAUUGGACAUGACGGUGGUGACAUCGGCAAAGUCGACGUUGACCAGGCCUGGGUUGACAAUGAGGUCGGUCACGCCACGGAUGCCCUCGUACAGCACGCCAUCGGCAGCCUGGAACGCGUUGCCCAUGGUGAUGUUGCGCCCAAGCGAGAGCAGGUUCUCGUUGGGAAUGACCAGCAGCGUGUCAACGUACUUCUCCAGCUCGCUAAUACCCUCCUCAGCCUGCCGCCGCCGCCGCCCGCCCUCGAACGGGAACGGCUUGGUCACGAUGCCGACUGAGAGAAUGCCGAGCUCCCUCGCCGCCGCCGCGAUGACCGGCGACGCACCAGUCCCGGUCCCGCCACCCAUACCUACACAUCGAGGGCCACACGAGAAGGAAAAGAGGAAAGAGGAGAGAGAGAGAGA